AUGAAGUCAUCGGUGGUUUUGCAACAGGCCGACGUGUGGAAUAGGCGGGUGCUCGGCGCUGCUUUGGUGAAUAGCGACUUGUGCCAGCCGGAGCUCGACAACCUUGCGGGGGCCCGAAUGCUGACCCUUGGUGUGGCCGGUGAGCCCCCAGUAUCGGCCGUUGCAUUGGCACCCGAGGUCGAGCUUGAACGACUUGAUGACAUACAUAAAGGGUCGGAGUUGGGUCCUUGCGAACCGUUGACGAAGGAACCCUUGCGGAAUUUCGACGUAUUUAAAGACUUGAGCAGACUGCGACUCUUCCACGAUCCUAAGCAAAGUGCUCCUUACGCGCAGUCUGUGGUGUGCAAUGAACUUAGAAAGUUCUUGACAACUGUGGUGAAGCCCGAGCAAGUGGACAAGUGGGUAGACUCGGAAACCGCGGAUAAGGUGUGGACGGAUGUGUUCGGUAGAGUCGAGUCCGAGCUGCAUGCCCAGGACACGGGCGAUGCUCAGCUGGAGCUGUUUGCGUCGAGAAGGCUGGAGCAGGGGGAGUUGCCGAGUCUCCUGCCAAACGUGCCAGAAGAGUGGAGAGAGGUGAUGCGGAGGUCGGCGGUCAGAUCAGACCGGCUGAGCCCAGACUGGUUCUGCCCCUCAGGAGUUGUUCUGCCGUCAGUCUGUUGGGACGUCGAGUCGGGUCGCGGAUGGCGGUCCGGUUCGCGCCGAAUGAAGCUGGCGCUAGGCAGUGCACUUACCGGUGCGCUGCUCACCGCGGUCGGAUGUGUCUGGUACUUCUGGCCGUCGGCAAAGGAGCACGAGGUUGCGGUCAAUACGGUUGCCAAUUUGACGACUGCUACUGCUAACUUGACGACUGCUACUGCUAACUUGACGACUGGUCCUGCUGCUAACUUGAUGACUCCCGCAACAACUCCGGCGGUGACCGUGCCGGGGAUGUCGUUAGCGGAAUUGCUGGCGAUAGAAGAGUCUUGCAGUGCGUGCGGCUAUAAUUACUGCACCUCACACCUGACCCUCCGUAAUCCUGACUACUUCAACGGGUGGCACCGAAAUGCAUUUCUUUGUCUCAUUUACGACGGGAAUGACUUCAGGCGUGUCUGUUACAGAUACGGAGAGGAUACCGGCGUGGAUUUCCUUCGGCUUAGAGAAGGGCUCGUCCAUGAUCGCAGGAACGGAGGGUACCAGACCAAUAACUAA